AUGCGCAGCGUCCCCGCGACCUCACUUCCCGCAAGACAGCCAUGGCCAAGGCCGCACACCGCCGCAAAGAAGCACCCUCGCCGCAACGCCCGGGGACAUCACCGCGCCGUUACCAACACCGCCACGCCGCCGAUCGAGCCGGUCACUUUGUCGGCAUCCAAGAUCUCGCCUUUGAAUGGCAGCAAGGCAUCCCAACGACCUUCCCGGACGAGAGAGGGGUCGGACGCCGCGCUGCCAGGGCCACCGGAUCUGGGCCCGCUCGGCCCGGACCUAGCACGAGCAGCGAGUGCAACAAGGGGACCGCCCCGCCGGCUGGCCGUCUCGAGACCCUCCUCGGCCCUGGACAAGGCCCGCGGUGCCCGGAUCGGAGCCCAAUCGGCCCCAAUCCGGCCGCGCCACCAGCGAGCCCCGUCCGCCGUCGCCCUCCGCUGCCGCCCAUGGCCACGCACCACGCCCGCCACCGUCUCCGCUCGGGACCGCCGCCGUCACGCCUCGCCACCACCGCCGGACCGAGCUCUUGAAGCCCCGAGGAGCACCGCCGCCGCCCGAGCUCGCCUCGCGCAGACUCCCUCGCGCGCGGAAUCUGAAAGAACAAUGAGAGAAAUGAGGACAGUUUCAGACGAGACCCACUUCUUCGUGCAAGGUUUGCUUCCGAAUCAUGGUGAGCGCUGCCUCUUCGAGCAGAGGCCUGAUGCUUCCUCCAAAGCCACUGCUUUCCUGAGCAGAACGCGGUGCGUGAGGUCCAACACGUCGACGAGCCGUGCCGCCUCUUUGGCCUCCGACGUCCACCGCAUCGUCUGA